GUUUCAGUGAGUCAGUGUUAGUGGUUUCUCCAUUGUUGUUAUCGUGCGCUGCCCUAGCAUGGCUACUGCUAGACCAAAAUCUCCUAAAACCCUUGGUCCUAUCAAAAGUGACAAAGAUGAAUCAUUCUGGGAGAAGAUUGGGACUCUUGGAAGGAAGAAGCGAAUCAAGGAAGCGCAAGAAAUCGAAGAAGAAGGAAAACUAGCCAUAGAACUUCCAGGGAGUCCAACCAACCCAGAUCUUCCUCCCGAAGAGUAUGACAUCGGUGAAAAUGAAGAAAGAUCAAUGGUGGAAUCAAAAUCAUAUGAUGAUAUCAAACUGCGUGAGCUGAUUGCUGUGCUCAUUGAAUGGAUCAAUGAUGAAUUGGCUGAUCAACGGAUAAUUGUUAAGGAUAUUGAAGAGGACCUUUAUGAUGGACAAGUUCUUCAAAAAUUGCUCGAGAAACUAACAUAUGAAAAGUUGGAUGUGCCAGAAGUAACUCAGUCGGAGGAUGGACAGAAACAAAAGCUAGGAGUAGUUUUAGCGGCAGUUAACAAAGCGCUUGGUCAUCCUCGUUGGGCUCAGCUUCAGUGGAGUGUCGAAAGUGUCCAUUCUAAGAAUUUAGUUGCCAUCCUCCACUUAUUGGUAGCUCUUGCCCGCCAUUUCCGAGCUCCUGUGAGGUUACCGGAGAAUGUUUCAGUCAGUGUUUUGGUCGUACAGAAAAAAGAUGGAGCUUUGUGUCAUCGAACUGUCCAAGAACAAAUAACAUCUACGUACGAUGAUCUUGGUAUGCGAUGUGAACGGGAUGCAUUUGAUACGCUUUUUGAUCAUGCCCCAGACAAACUUCAAGUGGUUAAAAAGUCUCUUCUAACAUUUGCAAACAAACAUCUGAGCAAAGUAAAUCUGGAAGUUAACGAGUUGGAAACACAGUUUCAUGAUGGUGUAUUCCUUGUAUUGUUACUUGGACUUCUGGAAGGAUUUUUUGUCCCAUUGGAUAAUUUCUACCUAGCCCCGCAGGACUUAGACCAAAAAGUGUUCAAUGUCAACCUUGCUUUUAAACUCAUGCAGGACAUAGGGCUUGCAAAACCAAAAGCCAGACCGGAAGAUAUUGUCAACCUAGACCUGAAAUCUACACUACGAGUCUUAUACAAUCUAUUCACGAAGUAUAAGAGUAUGGGAUAACUUAGAAGCCUUGCCAUACUUUACUCCUUCAAGAAUAGUGAGCUAUAUUGAAUUGUACUAAUAUUUUUUUUGGAGACUCCUUCACAUAGAAAGAGAUGCUUAAGUCUUUUCCUAUCAAUAAAUAUUGAAACACUGAUGAAAUAGUUCCCAAGUUAUCAUACAUAAGAUUUAAUUUUUUGUCUAUAUCUAUUAACUUUGUGAGAAAAUACUAGUGAGAUUAUAUUUUGUUGGACUCAAAUAGUUUAUUACCAAUACUGUACCAAUGUUAUAUAUUCUUACGAAGAUAUCUAUUUACGUUGUGCCUUCAAUUAACGAUCUGUACUAAAAUGUUAAAUAAUGUUACAAUUAAUUUCCGGAAAAGACUUCUAAACCAAAGAUUUGCUGCAAAGUAAAAACUCCACAGACUGCAUGAGUCUGCUGCAAACUUCACAACAGACAAAAGAAGAGAAUUAGUUGACUUAUGCUUUUGCUAGUAAGAACCACUACGUAUUUCUAGUUCAUCCAAAAAAGCACCUAUCUGCAUAAAGAAAGGAAUGGCUCAUAAGUAGUGUCUGAAAUGAACAGAAAUACUGUUUCUUUAUUGCAUAAUUUAGUCCAAUUCAUCAGGUUGGAAAAUGGCUCCAAAAUUAAGACCGGAAAGGUCGGAAAGUUCACUCUUAACUUCACGAUCUGCAUUAAAAAUUUAAGCACUUUUUAGAGUCCUGUUUCUAAGACCUAAUUCUGCACAGAUGAGUCAUCCCCGUUUCACAACUCUCGCAAAACUUACGCUGCUAUCAUGUGAUAUUUUCACAAAUAAAAAUGAAAAACAGAAGCAGUACUUCCAUCCAUUAAACUUAAUUUGGAAAGGGGGAAAGAGAAGAUUUUGAUUAAAUAGUCCAUUCUGUGUUCUUUGUUUCUAAUUGGAAAACUGCCUCACAGGAAGGCAACCACUUUGAAUUUUUAGAGUGACUCAUUUGUAUCAAGUUAUGUCUUUGCCAUGGUAUAUUUGAACGUAUUUUAGCUAAAAGGGACUAUCACGCAAGCAAACCCCAGGCAAAUAGUUCCUUUUUACUUAAAUAUGUCCAUUUACUUUUUCAAAGAAAAUUAAAAAGGAAUAGUGAUACUCCAAUGCAGUAAUUACUGUUUAUCUAAUGUUCCAUUUUGAACAGGUAUUUUUAUUCUUGUUGUUGCUAUUCUUUUUUAUUUUUUUGUGGAUAAUUCAUUGCUUCCAGUGAUUCUGAUACUACAGGGUGUCUCCGGUUUUGGAAAACCAGGGAUUUCAUCAGGUAUAAGAAAUCAGGGAAUGCUGCUGCAUGCAAACUGUUGAUGUAAAAAGUCAAGAAACUUCGAUUAUUUUUGUCCAAAUAAAUCUGGAAAAGUCACAGAAUUUUUUCCCUGAGCCGGAAGGCACCCCGUUUGAACUCAGUCACUGCUUAUUUUUGUCAUCAUGAAACUUGUUAAUUUUGUCUUAGCACUUGCUUAUCAGUAUUAUUAAUUUCCUACCGAUUAUGUCAUCAUAAAUGUCUUGAAAGAGGCGGAGAAUUUUAGUAGACAACUAACAAUCAAAUCCUAACGAAUCCUUAAAUACUCAACUAUAAGUCAAACAAGAAUUGAGGCGCUGCGUGCAAGAAGGGCACUUCUUUGUUGCAAUGUUUCAGAAUCUCUAUUUAUGUCCUAGUAGAGGAGCCCUCCAAGUUUAACCCAUAUAUCAAGGAAACUAGAUGGACGAGUCAUAAGUGAUGAAAAGAAAACAAAGAAAAGCCAUCUUAAAAUAAUUUUUCACUGAAGCAAGAGAGGAGGUACUUUUUUCAAAAUUACGAGAUAAUAGAUGGAUGACAGUCAAUUCUUCUUCCGACAUCGCGAAGUCUUUUAAUGCGAUAUUUUCCUGUUUGAAAUAGGGUUGGAUUUCUGGCGACUGGAAAAGUCUUUUUCUCAGAUAAAAUUUCAUUAAAUAUUAAAAUACAGGAAUUUUCAUUUUGUAUGUACUUUCCAAAAGUAAAGAAGAAAAACAAUUAUUCCCUAGCCUCAUAGGGACGUCUUUAUGCUGAAAGGAACUAUGUGCAUAGUCGCUUAGGAUUUGCACACAACAUGAACUAAAUGGUCCUUUUAGGCUUAAAUACGCCCAUUUGAAGUGAAAAUACCCCCAUGAAACUCUGUGCAAUUUUCAAUCUUUGCAGUAGAGCAAGUAUCACAAGAACUAUUAAUGAGCCGAUUUUGAAUCUGUAUGGCUGUUUGAGACCCUAAAGGCAUUCCCCUAAUGAUGUAGGCUGUUGAAAUUCCUAAAUAAUGUAUAUGAAGAAAGAUACAAGUGAAACUGUACGUAGGUAAAUCCUUGAGAAGUUCCAUAAUCUGCGAUAUUGAAUUUAAUAAAAUGGAACUUGUGCUAAUAGUAUUUUUUCAGCCUCAGCCUUCAGUUUUGGGUAUGUUAACUUGCAUUCUUCCUUACUUUUUCACUGCCUCUGCCCCCUAAUGCAAAGCUUCACUGUAGUAGUGAAAUUGCCAAUUUUUUUUCUUUUCAAAUUUUUCUGCUUUCUUUUUCAUUUGCGUUAGGUAUAACAUACUUUCCUCUCAAAAAAUUUCCGACUGCACUCUUUAAGUUCAUAAUGUGUUCAAUUUUUAUUAAACCUUGACGCCUUAAAGUUAUUUAUUUAUUAUAAAAUUUAACACAGUUA